GUAUUUUAUGUAAUUUAAAGUUUUUAAACUAAUUUACAAUUUUCUUUCUAACAAAAUAAUUGUUCUUUCUUAAUGUGGGAAGAUGUUAAUAUAUAAUUUUUUAACAAAGUGGUAAAUUUUAAGUUCCGAUUUACAUUAUUAAAAAGUAUAGAAAUAAGUUUACUCAGCGCGUGAUAUAAUUUUGUGAGAAUAAAGUAAAACUGUUUUAAUUGUGAGUUUAAUUGUAUAUAAUAUUUUGAACUAAUUUAUUGUUUGCGUUAUAAAUUAUAAAAUAUCGUUAAAAAAAAAAAGAGAGUGAUCGGAGAAUUCCAAUUUGCCAUUUAAAUUUGCUUACUGAUAUUGCGUACAGAUGGCGACAUCGUAUAAUCUGAAAUUGUUUUCAACAUUGUCAUGUAUUUGUUACGUCGUAGGAAAGAUUAUGUUAUUAUUUCCUCAGUUUAAAAAAUAUUAAUUAAGAAUAAUUAUAAGUAGAGACUUUUUGAAUGUAAUGUGUGAUAAUAGUCCUUUUCUUUGUAACUUGGCGCAUUCAUUCCUGUCGAUAUUCAUUGUAAUUUAUUUUCACAAAGAUGGUGAGUAAAUGACGUAUUAUAAUAAAAAUAAUUUCAUGUUUCUUUUUAAAAAUAUUUUAAAACAAAAGUACUAUAUGUUAAAAUACUAUUUGAACAAAGUGUACAAUUUUGAAGGUUAUGUUUGGGUUGGUUAGGAAUACAUAACUAUUAUAUUCUUUAGGUUGUAUGUUAUAUAUUUUAAAGUGUAAUGUAUUUAUAUUUUAGGCUAAUGUAUUGCAGAACUGGAGUCCCUACGCCAAAGAAUAUGAUCCCUUGAAAGCAGGAAGUAUUGAUGGUACAGAUACAGAACCACAUGAUAAAGCUAUCAGUCGUGCAAUACAAGCGCAUUAUGAACCACCUCAUGGAUUAAAAUCAAAACCAGAAAGAACGUUAUUCGUCGCGAGGUUUGGUUCGAAGAUCACCAAACAUGAUUUAAAAGAGUUUUUUUCUAGAUAUGGCGAAGUUGUGUCAACAAAGGUUAUAGUUGAUGUUGUAACUGGGCUAUCUCAGGGUUAUGGAUUUGUUGAAAUGAGAAGUGAAGAUGAAGCUAGAAGAGUCAUUAGACGCUGCGUUGAUGCUACGUUAAAGGGAUAUCAAAUUUUUAUAGAUUAUGAAUGUGGACGUACUUUGCAUGGAUGGAAACCAAGGAGACUUGGUGGUGGUUUUGGUGGCAAAAAGGGAUCAGGUCAGCUUAGGUUUGGUGGAAGAGAUAGGCCUUUUAAGAAACCAAUUAUACCUAAUAUUAUUAGGUCUAAUCCACAUCAUCAAGAAUACCAUCAUCAUCAAGAACAUCACCACCAUCAAGAACAUCAUCGUCAUCAUUAUCACUAAGCAAGUUUUAUAUUCAUAAUGCAAAUUCAAAUAAAAUGAAACAUUAGAACACUUUCUAACAAUAUUUUCGCGUUAUACCUGCGUAAUUUCGAUUUUGCUCUAAUACAAAUAUUUGAAAUCUAUAUCUGCAUUCUCUAAAGAAGUAUAAGUCUGUCAUGUAUUAUGAAACACUCAACUAUUAUUAAACAUUUAUUUUGUAAUAUGUAAUAAAAUAUUUAAUAUAUUUUUAGAUUAUUUUCUAAAAUAACAUUCAAAAUUAAAUAAGUGGAAAAUCCCCAUUAGGAAAUUUAUGCUUUAUC